UACCUGUAUCAAAGAUACAGAUAACUUGAAAAACGACUCAAGUGGCUGUAUCAUUUUCGCCUCUUUCUCCUGUAAGAAAGUCACAGGCUGAGAGAAAGUUACCUGUGACUUUCCUCCCCCAAACACCAACUGUAACAAUCUCACCUGUAACUUUGUUACAUUUUAAAAAUGUUACAGGCAUCCAAACAGGCCCUAAGAAGAGAAUCAGUCUGGCAAUCUGUUGUCUACUGGUGGAUAUGGCUCUAUUACUGGCAAGCUUCUAUGCCCUUAGAUAGGAUUUCGAGAAAGGUAUAUAGUGGUCAUGGCGGGAGUGGUUCGAGCCAACUGUCGUCUUCUUCGCUGACGCUAUUGAGUGGAUUUCUUGCUGUCAUAUCAGUGAAUUUAGUUAUCGCGUUCUACAUCAUCAUGGCAAUGAAGGAGCCUUCGGACAAGGAGCAUCGGCCGGAUCCCACCUUCGUGGCUGAUGCCAAGGCCAGCAUUAGUCAAUCUGCGGCAGAGAAAAGGGAUGAUCCUGCCGAAGCCCAUGACAAAGAAGAGUAAGAGCUUAUACAAAUGUCGUCACGAUUCAUUGUUGCCUGUAGCUGAAAUUAAAAUUAGCUGCACCCAUCUUGUCUGUUUGAUUUGCAAAAUGUCCAUUUGGAUUUCAUUUAGCCGCACUAUCUGAAUGUUUUAUCGUUCUCCAGAUUGCAUCACAAAAUAUUUGGGUGUGAGAUAAUGUUUUUGAGAUUAAUUUA